GGCUGGCUGAAGUGUGAUGACGUUGUGUGUGGCCACCGCACUCGCAUCCCGACGGCACGGCUACGGAAUGGUCACCCGGUGUGCGACGCAUGCGAGCGUGGCAACCUCCAUCCAGAGUACACCGACACACAAUUGUACAACCAGCUUCUGUACUACCAGUAUAUCUUUGACGUGGACAAGGCCCUGGAGGAGGUUGACCAGGAACUGAGAAUUGCGGUCAAGAAAUACUUGCAGAACUUCAGCAGCGAGUAUUCACAACUGAAAGCUGUCGUGGAUGCCUACUUGUCACGAAACGCCUACGGACGUGUUGAUCUCAACAAGCUAUUCUCCUGGAUGUGAACGACAACUAAAGUGAAGCAGUGAUUGUGAUGUAUUAUAGGUUACAAUUGAGACAUUGCGAGAAAAAUGCUUACAAAACUAAAUCUAUGUUAUCUUGUGAUUUCGAGUGCAAAUAGAAAUGCCAUCGAUUUAUAGUAAUGUGCAUGCUAUAGUAAUAACACAAGAUCUUGAUUGUAAACUAAUAUGCUGUGCUAUUCAGUGGGAUACUCUGGAAAGGGAAUGCCAUGAUUUUCUUCUCAAUAUUUAACAACUAUGAAUAAUAUAAAUGCAUAUAUGCGUUGUCUAAAUGCAGUUGUUGAAAUCUUCGGGCUUUACGUCAAAAAGUCAAUAACCAGAUGUUUUAAUUAGAUGAGGCACUUAUUGUGUUAAGGCUAUUACAAUGUUGAUAUGCAUAUGUAAACCUAAAAAGAACCUAAAAUACACUAUAAUGUAUAUAGUAA